AUGACAGGCUCCCGCCGGAAGAUCAAGGUGAAGAACCCCGUGGUGGAAUUGGAUGGCGAUGAGAUGACAAGGAUUAUUUGGCAAGAUAUCAAGGAUAAAGGCUUAGAAUACCGUGACCAGACCAACGACCAAGUCACCAUUGAUUCAGCAGAGGCUAUCAAGAAAUACGGGGUAGGCGUCAAGUGCGCUACUAUUACCCCAGACGAGGCCAGAGUCGAAGAAUUUAAGCUGAAGCAGAUGUGGCUAUCUCCAAAUGGGACUAUCAGAAACAUCCUCGGCGGAACUGUUUUCCGUGAACCGAUUGUGAUUCCUCGCAUCCCCCGACUCGUACCCGGCUGGAAGAAACCAAUUAUCAUCGGUCGACAUGCAUUUGGAGACCAAUACCGGGCCAAGGACCUCGUCGUCCCCGGACCAGGCACCCUCGAGCUCGUCUACACGCCGAAAGGCGGCCAGCCCGAGCACAUUAAGGUCUUCGAUUUCGAGGGCGGCGGAGUUGCCAUGAGUCAAUACAACACAGAUGAUUCCAUCGCCGGCUUCGCGCAUGCCAGCUUCAAACUGGCUCUCUUAAAAGAAAUGCCCCUGUAUAUGAGCACCAAAAAUACUAUUCUCAAGAAAUACGACGGGAGGUUUAAGGAUAUCUUCCAGGAGAUCUUUGAGGCGAACUACAAGAAGGACUUCGAUGCCAAGGGCAUCUGGUACGAACAUAGACUUAUCGAUGACAUGGUCGCGCAGAUGAUCAAGAGCGAUGGUGGCUUCGUCAUCGCCAUGAAGACCGCCCACGGCACCGUCACCCGCCACUAUCGCGAAUACCAAAAGGGCAACGAAACCUCCACCAACCCCAUCGCGUCCAUCUUCGCCUGGACCCGCGGCCUCAUCCGCCGCGGCCAGCUCGACAACACCCCCGACGUCGUCGUGUGGGCGGAGCAGCUGGAGCGCGCGUGCAUCGAUGUCGUCGACGAGGACGGGGUCAUGACCAAGGACCUGGCGCUAGCGUGCGGGCGCAAGGAUCGCGCGGCGUGGGUGACGACGCGAGAGUAUCUAGAAGCGGUAGAGAGGCGGUUGCAGAAGAAUCUGGCGAAUGCGAAGUUGUAG